AUGUCAAACUUUGCUGGAAGUGCUGUGGUUUCUUUCUUAAUUGCUGUUAUCGGUAUCGCUUUUGGACAGUUAAUCAAAAGUGAUUUGAUUGCAACUCGGCUUGGCACGAUUAUUGCUGGUGGUUUAAGUUCUGUUGUUUUUGUGUUUCUGCUCACAGCACUUUCAAACCUGGAAAUGGCCUUUUUGGGGUCUCAAGCGAAAGCUGGACUAGCUGAAGUGUCGGUUGCACUAAUAAUUUCCUUAUUAGUGUCUGCUUCGAUACAUCGCGUCGCUGUAACGGUAACUGAUGCUUCCUGGAGUUAG